AUGAAGAUAAGGAAAGUCAAAAAGCUAGAACUACAGCAAUACCAUAAUCAAAACAGGAAAAUACGAUAUUUGGAACUGACUAAAAUAUACAAAAACAAGCUGAACAUUAGCUAGCAGAGAUCCAGAAAGCGAAUGCAUCGUAAUCUUAGUAUCAAGAAUAGACUUAGAACUGAAAGAAGGGAUAAACUAGUCAAAGAAAUAGAAGUUAAUUUACUUGCAAAUGAGGGCAAGAGCUUGGGUUUUGAGCGAGAAGGAAGUGAAUUACCAAAGCAAAUAUAACUAGAUAAAAAUGAUUCCAAGAGUAUGUUUCUUAGCAUCUAGGAGAUAUCAGUUGAAAAAGAAGAUUCUAAUGAUCCUAGGAAAGUCAGUGAUGGCAACUGGUACAGGAGUCAAAUCUAGAAAUCUUUUGAUUAAAGCAGGCAGAAGCAAAGGCAGAAAUUUGAGAAUUUGAUUAGAAUGCAACUGCAAUAAAAGAAUUUAAGAGCAUAGCAGAUUCAAGCAAGUUAGGAAAAGAAAAAGUCAGCUAAUCCCGUAAUAAAGGAGUAGCUGCUAAAGUUUAGAAGACUAGCAGAGCUUAACCUUGAUAAGAUAAAGCUUGAUUAAAAAGACAAGCCUCUGACAUUCCGAGGAGCAAAUGUUAUGAAUCUGAGUGAAAGUAACAUAAUACCUGAAUAUAGCACACCAAGAGCAACUUUAAGAGACUUCAAUGUCUUAGCUGGCAAGAUCUACUCUAGACAAUAGCAAAGGCGGCUUGGAUGUCUAAACAAUUAUAAUCAGGAUUCAGCUAGGUCCAUCAAUACAUUUAGGGAUAAUUUACAUUUCAUGCCAAGUUCUACUCAAUAUGAUAGAUGA